AUGACAGCAGAGGGAACUGGCAAAGGUAAAGUGAUCUCGUCCCAACGUAUGGAAGAGCUAAGCGGCCCCAUACCACUGGCUCUUCUUCCUAGGGACUGCAUUACCAAAAAGUUAAACUUCAGUAAAAAGUUUAAGAUCACCGUCGGCAACAAGGCCGAUUGGAGCGACUCCGCUUUCGAGCUAGUACUCAGGGAUAGCUCGAUCAGGUGGUACACCGGCGGCUCGAAAACUUCGGAGAGAAUCGGUGCAGGGGUCGCAGGACCACGUGCAAAACUCUCCAUACCUAUGGGAAGGUUUCCGAGCAUAUUCCAAGCGGAUGUAUUUGUUAUAAGUCGGUGCGUAGAGUUAAACCUCCAUCGCGGCUAUCGCAACGAACGUAUAGCCAUACUAAGCGAUAGCCAAGCGGCACUCAGGGCGAUCUCAUCAUACGAGGUAAAAUCGCUAUUGGUGCAAGAGUGUAUAGAUCGGCUGAAUAGUCUGGCAGAAUGCAACCAAGUGCACCUUAUUUGGGUGCCGGGYYAYAAAGGCAUUGCUGGAAACGAACUGGCCGAUGAACUUGCCCGCUCUGCAGCACCCACCAACAUGGUAAGACCAGAACCCUUUAUAGCGGUAGGUCCCCACACCUUAAAGGAACAGUUCCGCAAGGAUGCAGCAGUGGGUAGGGAGAUACAUUGGCAACAACUUCCAGGCUUGCGUCACGCAAAGCUGCUAAUGAAGGGUUACAACCUCAAGAGAUUCUUGCGCAAAUUGCCGGUUCUGCGACUGGGAAUCCGAAACUCCAAAACACCUGCUAAUGGAUUGCCCAGCAAUCUGCAGACGCAGGAUUAA